UUCAUCCUGCAAGAAAAUGCCACAAGAGUGGGGGGCAGGGGGGUGCGCGUGCAUUGUCUUAUCGGGGUAUAUAAGGUAAGUGAGGCCAGUCGUGUGCCAAGCUCACCGGCUCACGCGAGCUGAUUGAGGAACAAGAACGAGACGGGCGCGUGCCAGCAAGUUUGAAACGCAAAGACAACUCUUAUCUGCGGGACUUAGACUCCUAGAGAGACUCUCCCUCCUCUCAUCUUCUUCUCCGCGUGUCUACAACUCUCAACAGGUAUUGCAACCAUGUGCACCGCAAUGGAUAGCGUGUUCUCUGACGUUGACUCCUCGAGCUGUGACUACUCAUUCACCGGCACGGAUGACGAGGACUCCCGCGACGCCUCCCCAGCACACGAGCAUGCGCUCCUGCACCAGAAACCACAAGACCAAGAGCAGCAGGAGCCCCUGCAGAAGAAGAGGCGCCGCGGUCCUCGCGCACGCACUGAUCCCACCGUGCAUGUGGCCAAAAAGAGCCGGCGCCUGAAGGCGAACGACCGCGAGCGCAACCGCAUGCACAACCUGAACGGCGCGCUGGACGCGCUGCGGAGCGUGCUGCCCGCGCUCCCCGACGACACCAAGCUGACCAAGAUCGAGACGCUGCGGUUCGCUCACAACUACAUCUGGGCGCUCUCCGAAACCAUCCGAAUCCACGACAGGGCACGCACCGCCCCGCCGCCCAGCCCGGGAAGCGACGCGUGUUCCUGGGCGUCCAGCGCUUGCUCAUCCGCUUCGUCGCCGUCCUACUCCACGUCGGAACCCGGCAGCCCUGCCACCCCCGAGGACUACGGCUUCGUGCAGGCGGACGUGGUUUACAGCUACCGCCCCACCUUCCUCCCCUACGACUCCUACUAGCGCGAGCAGCAGCUAAAACCCAGCGUAGAGAUUCACUGUUUGCCUUACGACUCCCACCAGAGACUCCUUCCGUAUUUUUCUACGUUUUCGUCGACAUUGCUGUUCCCACACGAGGUUUUGCACUUUUUUGUUUUAGUUUACUCCUCCUUUAUUUUUUAGCGCGACACACUUUUACAGACCCCACUCCAGCCUGCUCUGUUUGGAGGGGAGAAAAUUGACACUCACGAGGAACAAGACAAGACCCUCUUCAAGCCUCCUGCACGAGGUGAAAAGUCAAUUUUACAAUUAGCCGCGCGCCAGAGCAGAAAAGCGAGCGUGAAAACGCCGUUUCAUCGCAGUGACAAUAGAGGAGCUAGAAAGAGGGGCUUCAAGACGAGCAGGACCCCCGAAAUAUGGCCCACCAAGAGCCCAGUGCAUCUGAGGGAACUGUUACUACUCUUACUGCAUUGCAUUGCUUCUUUAUUUCCUUUUAUUUAUUCAACCAGUGGAUUUUUUCAUAUGAUAUUGUAUUUUUAUUGUAUAUAAAGAGAUUUAUUCUAUUAUGUAUUUACCUCAAAGUAUAAUUCUGUUCAAAACCCUUUUGUACGAAUAAAUAUAAUGUUUUUUUUAAAAUGAAAAA